AUUUUGGUCAUUACCGCGCUUUGAUAUUUGAAGCUUUCUUCUCCAUUUACCAACACAUACUCUCUCUCUGAAGCUUUCUUCUCCAUUUACCAAUACUCUCUCUCUCUCUCUCUCUCUCUCUCGCUUCUCGCUCUCUCUCACUCACACACAUCCAUCUUAUCUGUUUCGUUCUCUCACCGUAUUGUCGGGGGCGGCUCAAUUUCUCAUCCAUCUCGCAUCUGGUAAAUAUGGAGCCUUGACAUCAUUUCGCCUUAUAUGAAAAAUUGAGUAUGUUUGCUGAUGGUAAACGGAAAUCUGAUGAGUAGUAAGAAGCACUCUACUGGAGGGGCCAUACCAGGUGAAAAAUGUCCAAAACAUAAUUGGUCUCAACAUGCUGACGCACAUGCCAACUUUUCAAACCAAAAUAAGCAUCUAAGGACAAAUUUUUUGUAUUCGCUUUCGACACAUAAGCCUCAUAUCGAAGGAGAAAUGGCAGCGAGGUCAAUCACCUGUCAACUUCAUAAUAUUGAAGGAGUAAAUAGUGCACAAGUAGAAAAGGCUUGUCAAGCUAUAUCCAGAAUUAAGCUAUCUUCAAACAAGUACAUAAAACCUGGCAGAAGCUCACCACUAGUUAAGGAUGUUGGUACGAUCCCAUUGGGAGAUGCAACAAGAAAAAUCCCUCAAAAUCUGGGUGGUGCUAAUGGCAACUUUCUAGGCCAAAUGCCCCCAUAUAUAAGUUCCAAUGAUAGUAAUACGACGCCUGAUAAACCCAAGGGAAUGGCUAGUUCAUAUCCUUCUGGAAUUAAUGGCAUUGCAGAAGCUGGAAAGGUUGCCUGUAGGCAAAGUAAUGGUCAAGCUCCAAUACAUAAUCAUUCUCAUCCGAAUGUGACUGAUGGAUUAUACAACCAAUCUACUCAUGCGAGUACAGUAAACGGGUUUCAGAAACAUUUUCCUGAUGACAUCGAUGAUGAUGACAUACUUGGGAGUCUUGAUGUGGACAAGAUAGUUAUGGAACACUACCAAUCAAGUGGCACACCUCAACCAUUAAUGUCAAAACUCCCGUCAAUUACCCCAACUGGCAGCAAGGAUAAUAACACAAGACCUGAAGAGAGUUGUUUGCCACCAGAGUUGUGUGUAAACUGCAGUCAUGGUUUCAAGUUAGGACUUUGCUAUGAAGCUGCAAAACAUUUGCAAAGCAUGAAAGAUAUGCUAAUUUCUAUCUCGAAUGAUCUUCUGGACAAUAUCACUGACCUGAAUUCAGAGCAAAUAGGGAAGCUUCACCAAGAUAGGGCACAGCUGAAAAAGCAAAUACAGCAACUUGAGAAACAUCUUCAUACCACAUCAGUCGAAGAAGAACGACGAAAGUCACAAUUUUCUGCAUCCACAGCUUCUUCGCGCACAAUAUAUUCUGAAACUCCCUCUGCAGCUGCAUUUCAUAUUGAUCCCAUGAGACUAGAUACUCAAUUUCACAUGCGCAAUGAGCCUGAUGGCUUUGAUAGAUGGAACUCAUCGUAUGGUGUACCACCAACUCCUGUAGAGAGAGAACCAUACAUCCCAAAGUACAUUGAUGUUAAUUAUAUUGAGGGUUCAAAUGAUAAAAAAUGGAGCAGUCUAAGCUUUCCAUGGACAAAAAAGCUGGAGGUCAAUAACAAGACAAUAUUUGGAAACCACUCCUUCAGGCCCAAUCAAAGAGAGGUGAUAAAUGCCACAAUGAGUGGACAUGAUGUAUUUGUUUUAAUGCCUACUGGAGGGGGAAAGAGCCUGACAUAUCAGCUUCCUGCAUAUAUUUGCCCAGGGAUCACAUUGGUCAUUUCCCCUCUUGUUUCGCUUAUUCAAGAUCAAAUAAUGCAUUUAUCUCAGGCAAACAUACCUGCUACUUAUCUCAGUGCCAACAUGGAGUGGACUGAGCAACAAGAUAUUUUUAGAGAGCUUUGUCUCGAUAGUUGUAGAUACAAGCUGUUAUAUGUCACCCCAGAGAAAGUAGCCAAGAGUGAUGUUCUGUUGCGACACCUGGAAAAGCUAUAUUCUCGUCAAUUGCUUGCUAGAAUUGUAAUUGACGAAGCUCAUUGUGUGAGCCAAUGGGGGCAUGACUUCAGACCAGAUUAUCAGGGUCUUGGUAUCUUAAAGCAAAAGUUUCCAGACACACCGGUGCUGGCUUUAACUGCUACAGCCACGUCAAGUGUCAAGGAAGAUGUUGUGCAGGCUCUUGGUCUGGUUGAUUGCAUUAUAUUCCGUCAAAGUUUCAAUCGCCCAAAUUUACAGUAUUCUGUAAUGCCCAAGACAAAAAAAUGUGUUGAAGAUAUUGACAGCUUCAUUAAGAAAUUUCAUCGUGACGAUUGUGGAAUAAUUUAUUGUCUUUCAAAAAUGGACUGUGAGAAAGUUGCAGAAAAAUUGAAGGAGUAUGGACACAAGGCUGCAUUUUACCACGGUGGUGUGGAUCCUUCUGAACGGGCAUAUGUUCAGGAACAAUGGAGCAAAGAUGAAAUCAACAUAAUAUGUGCAACAGUGGCAUUUGGAAUGGGUAUUAAUAAACCUGAUGUACGUUUUGUUAUUCACCAUUCACUUCCUAAAUCUAUUGAAGGCUACCAUCAGGAGUGUGGCCGUGCUGGUAGAGAUGGUCAGCUUUCGUCUUGUGUGUUGUACUACAAUUACAGUGAUUAUAUAAGAGUCAAACACAUGCUAAGUCAAGGAGCUAGCGAGCAAAGUUCCUUUUCAUCUGGCUAUAGCCGUACAAGUACAACAAAUCAUGGGAGGGUACUCGAAACAAACACUGAAAAUCUUCUGCGAAUGGUCAGUUACUGUGAAAAUGACGUAGAUUGUCGGCGUUUAUUACAACUUGUUCAUUUUGGAGAAAAGUUUGAUUCUGGAAGAUGUGGAAAAACAUGUGACAAUUGCUCCAAGGUUCAAAGUUUUAUCGAGAAGGACUGCACUCUAAUUGCCAAGCAAUUGGUUGAGCUAGUCAAGUUGGUCAGACAGCAGUUUUCAGCAGCUCAUAUCUUGGAAGUCUACAGGGGAUCUCUAAACCAAUUUGUAAAAAAGCACAGGCAUGAUUCCUUGAGCCUGCAUGGUGCUGGAAAACAUUUAGCUAAGGGUGAGGCAUCCCGGGUGUUGCGUUAUCUUGUCACUGAAGAUUUCCUUUUCGAGGAUGUAAAGAAAAGUGAUGCGUAUGGAUCCGUAUCAUCAGUGGUGAAGGUGAAUGAAAGCAAGGUGUACAAUCUUUGUGCUGGUGGCCAGACAAUUAAAUUAAGAUUCCCCACGUCAACUAAAUCAUCAAAAUCUGGUAAAAAUGAUGCAACACCGGCCAAAGCUUUAUUAACAUCAGGAAAGAAUAGCCUUCCAUUAGGGGACUCGUCUGCCCAAUCUCAAGCAGAAUCGGGCAUCUCAGCGAAGCUCUACCCUGCUUUGAGACAGCUUCGAACUGCUCUCAUUAAUGAAGCAGGUCAAAACGUGUUUGCACACCACAUAUAUAACAAUGCGACACUGCAGCAGAUGUGCAAGAAAAUACCCAGAAGUAAAGAGGAGCUUCUCGAGAUUAAUGGCAUGGGCGAGGUUAAGGUAGCCAGAUACGGAGACCUAUUGUUGCAGACAAUUGAAGCAACUAUCAAUGAACACAACAAGACAACUAAAAUAAGCAGCAGCAGCAAUGAAAGUACAGAUUCUGGCAAGAGGAGAAGAAACAGGUCCAAUAACUCAAAUGAAAAUAUGAGCAAUGACGAUGUUAUAGAUAGCACAGGAAGAUCAAAGAAAAGGGCGCUGAGCAGGCCUAAUCAACCUGUUAACAUUAUUGAUUACGAGGAGCUCGCUGACAGCGAUCUCAUUGAAUGCGUAGAGUUUAUGGAAUCCAAUAUUGAUAUUGAAAAUGAUGGCUCCCGUUCAAACCAGAAUAGCGGAGGAAGAGUGUUACCUUCAUGGUCAAGGACAGCAGGAAACUAAGUUCUAGGAUGUAGACGGUAAUGUUCAAAAUUUAAUAGCUUAACAUAGAUAAGUUAUCAGCAGUCCAUGGUUGCUUCACAUGCUUUACAAACUGAUCUGUUAAGCGGUCUUUAUAUAAUCCAGUUCCAAAUUAACCGGAUAAAUAUAGUUAUUGUAAAUAUAUUCUGUCACGCCCUAA